AUCAUCAAACUGGAUAUCAACAGAAAGCACACGUGGCACGCUUCCAAAGGAUAAUGGAAAGAAGUAGAAAUUAGGAAACUAGCUCAAAAUGUCCAAAGAAAAAUCUAGGUAGUAUUAUUAAGCCAUGAAAGUCUCAGUACACAAUCCAAAGCCUGUUCUUUCCUAAAACUUGUCAAUGACAACACUUUUACAAUUCUCCCUUACCUUCUCAUCCGUCAGUUUAUCAAAUGAAGAGUUUUCUGAGAAACCCUUUUGCUGUUACUCUCUAAAAGGACCCAAAGUUGCUUCUUUGCAGCAAAGAAGGUUCAAGUUGGGAGCUUUCAGGGGGCAAAGAUGGAGUUUUGGGGAAGUGGGUAGGGGCAAAGAUGGGAUUUUUGUGAAAGAAGAAGGGUGGAAGAGGAAGAAAAGAGUGGUUUUGGUGAGGUUUAAUCAAGAUUUUGGGUUUAAUGGUGGUGGCGGUAGUGGAGGUGGUGGUGGUGGUGGGAAAUUUGAUAGUAACACUGCUAGGCUUCUGGGAAAUAUUGCUGUGGCUAUUGGAUUGACUUAUCUUUCAAUGACUGGUCAGCUUGGCUGGGUUUUAGAUGCUAUUGUCUCUAUUUGGCUUCUUGCAGUUCUCGUACCUAUUGUAGGUUUGGGAGCCUUCCUCUGGUGGGCAGGCCGAGAUAUUGUUCAAAGCAGUUGCCCAAACUGUGGAAAUGAUUUUCAGGUUUUCAAGUCUUUUCUAAAUGAUGAGUUGCAGCUGUGCCCUUACUGCAGUCAACCAUUUUCAGUGGUGGAUGACAAGUUUGUCAAGGAACCUGUAAAGUUCUCCAACCAAACUUCAAAAGCAGAACAAGCAUUCAAUGGCUUCUCUCCUGGAUUCAAGAAAGGAAAGGAUUCUUCAGCUGCAGUUGUUGAUGUUGAAGCAGAAGUAAAAGAUGCAGACUGAGGGCUAUCAUACAUGAAAUACACAUUGCUGCAAAAUAGGUGCAAUCUUGUUCAAGUUAAACAACUUAUGCAUAUUAAUAUAUCUUUACACUAGCAUCAUGGAGAUGACUGCAGUAAAGAGAAUUCAUGAAUCAUCAUGCUGUAGAUGAAGACCAAGAAUGUGACAUGGCAAAUGUUCCAUCAAUUUUGACAAAACAUGUGGCAUAACUCUUGUAUUUUAUUCUUUCGUUGCUAAGUAAAAGGUGAACGAAUAGUUUGCUUAUGUUACUGCACAGCUAUCUCUAGCAUAACUCUGUAUAUAGUCUGUUGUCACCUACCAUCUUUCUUUGCUUCCAUCCUCACCUUAUUAAUUGAGCCUUUAAGAAUGAACUAAUAAACCAAUUUGAUUUGUAA